AUAGGAGCGGGAAAAAUUCAUUUUCUCUCUCUCUCGGUACGCAUUUCAAAAUUCUGUCUCUCUCUAAACUCUUUUUCGCUACCUCUCCUCCUCUCUGUAAAUCCGCUUCUCCAGAUUUAUUUUUCGCUUUGCAACUCGACUGAGGGUUUCACCAGGGACAGUGUUCACAUUGCUUUCGCCGCUGACAGAAUUUUUGUAGAUAAUAGAAAAUGGGAGUGGAAAACUACCACGUGAUAGAGCUAGUAGGUGAGGGCUCGUUUGGGAAAGUGUAUAAAGGCAGGCGCAAGUACACAGGCCAGACUGUUGCGAUGAAAUUCAUUAUGAAGCAUGGGAAAAGUGAGAAGGAUAUUCAUAAUUUGAGACAGGAAAUUGAGAUUCUAAGAAAGCUGAAGCAUGAAAAUAUUAUUGAAAUGCUUGAUUCCUUUGAAAGCCCCCAGGAAUUCUGUGUUGUCACAGAAUUUGCGCAGGGUGAGCUAUUUGAGAUACUAGAGGAUGAUAAGUGCCUCCCCGAAGAACAGGUUCAAGCAAUUGCAAAGCAGUUGGUGAGAGCACUGCAUUAUUUGCAUUCUAACCGUAUCAUCCAUCGGGACAUGAAACCACAGAACAUACUCAUUGGUGCUGGGUCAAUUGUUAAGCUUUGUGAUUUUGGAUUUGCACGUGCCAUGUCCACAAACACUGUGGUUUUACAGUCCAUAAAAGGAACUCCAUUGUACAUGGCUCCGGAGUUGGUAAGGGAGCAACCAUACAAUCACACUGCUGAUUUAUGGUCCCUUGGAGUGAUAUUGUAUGAAUUAUUUGUUGGUCAGCCCCCAUUUUAUACAAAUUCAGUUUAUGCACUCAUCCGGCACAUUGUUAAGGAUCCAGUAAAAUAUCCCGAUGAUAUGAGUCCCAAUUUCAAAAGCUUUUUGAAGGGAUUGCUCAGUAAGGUACCGCAAAAUCGAUUGACUUGGCCUGCUCUUCUUGAACACCCAUUUAUUAAGGAAACCUCGGAUGAAAUGGAAGCCAGGGAAAUGCGUGCUGCAACUGCUGCAGCCAGGGGAUGUGAUGCAGCAUGGAAGGGUGAAGUCCAAGCAUCAACUGUUUUGGCUGUCUCCAGUCCAGAGGGUAGAAAUAAUUCUGCUGCUGCUCUUGAGAAUUGUAAUGCUCCGAAGCCUCAUAAUGAUUCUAAACUGAAUAGUCCUAGUGUAGCCACAACCAAUUCUGCACCACAUGAAGAAUUCCCUGGAUUUGCAAGUCCUAAUGAUGCUAAACAGUCGGGUAGCCAAGCAUUAGACAGAUUGGAAAACAACUCCCGCACUGUUAAAGGUGCACAAAUGAUUGGUCAAGAUAAUGAAGCAUUAGCACUUGUUUUGCUACCAUUAAAAAGAUGGUCAAAAGAAUCCCAACAUUCUUGCAGGGAUCAGGAUCUUCCUACUUCAAACCAGUCACUGAAAAUUCUUUCAAACUUAGCUGCAGCUGGCGCAAUCCAGUCUAGCGGGUUACUUGAUGAAAUACUAUGUGAACUUCUUGACUUCACUGCUGUUAUAAUCAGCUUGAAAUCCGUGGAACUCAAUGAUUUAAUUGCAAAGAGUUUUGCUAUUAUGAAACAAUCAUUAGACAAAAGAGGUGGUGGUAUUGGAGCUUCAUAUUUCACCCAUUGGGUUGCCUUGAUUGAAAUUUUUGCACAGGUUGUUGGUUGCAAUGAGGACAACUCUGGAAGAGUACUGUAUGAGGCCACUGCUUGCGUUACAGUUGUGUUAUCAACAGUAGCCAAGGGUCUCAAAUUAACUUCAUGUUCUGAAGCAGUUUCUACUCCGGUUAUGAAUGAAACAAUGAAGCGAAUUUUGGAUCAUGCUAAGACAUGUGGAUUGGUCGAACAUUUAUGCCUUUGCUUGGUAACAACAGGCUCAAGCCUUAUUUCAGGUUCUUCAAACAUGUUGCGUGCUGCUUGUGAAGCUUGUAGAGCUAUCUGGUCAUUGAUAGAUGCGGUGGAAACUCUUUUUAUGAAAGCAAAUGUUUAUUUAUUUCCAUUAAAUUCUUUGCGGAGUCAUUCUUUAAUCCAACUUGACAUUCGAGAUCAAGAAAGAGGUUCAUUGACUGGGACAGAUUCAGCCAGAAUUACUGAUGCUGUGACAAGGGCAUUCCUAAAAUCAAAAGCGGUGCAGGUGGCUAUAUAUUAUUGCCUUCAUCAACGUCUAGAGGCUGUGCUGACUGCCAGUAUUCAGCUUUUGACAAGGUGCUGCCUCCAUAAUGCAAUUGUUCCUGGUGUUCUGUGUGGUUUGCCCAGUUCUCUUCCUGUUACUACUGUUGUUAGUGGUGGAGGGGAUGGAACCAUUGUUUCAGAGAUCUUCUCUAUUUUAUCUUUAUGUGUUUCGUCUUCAAACAAAGAUCUUCAAGUGGGUGAAACAAAUAACUUCAAGAGCAAACUAUUGAAUCCUUCCGCUCUCAUAUUGCAUUCAUGCCUUAUACUUGCAACUAUUGCUCAGUGUUUGAAGUCAACUGGACGGAAUUCUGCAUUAUUUAUGCUCACAACCUCUCCAAAGAAACAGUCAUCCCGACUUUCAGUUCUUGCCCAUCAUUUUUCACAUGAUGAUAGAACCAAGAAUUCAUUGCAACCUCAUUGUGCAUCAGCCAUGCUGGCUGUUGCAUCCAUUCUAGCUCUUGAAAGUGGAGCUUCUGUGGAGUCUUCUAUCUCUGAAAUAGCAGUUCCUUUGAUUCCUCGCACUGGCACGAUCUGUGAACACCUCAAGAUAUCAAUAGGCAAUGAAGAUGAAAUGGGGCCUAAUAAAGCAAAUGGCAUUCUCUCAUAUUGGCAUGGCCUUAAGGACGGAUGUGUUGGCUUGCUAGAAUCCAGGUUGAAAUGGGGAGGGCCAUUAGCUGUGCAACAGUUAUGUGCAAGUGGUAUCCCUCUGCUUCUUAUUGAGUUAUUAACCAAAAACCAUCUGACUGCUUCUCCUAAAGGAAUGGAUAGCACAAAAGAUCGAGUCGGGUUAUCCCCUCUUGGGGCUGUUUGGACAAUCUCAUCAAUAUGCCACUGCCUUCCAGGCGGUGCCUCAACUUUCCGCCAGAUUUUAGUCAGAAGUCAACAUGUCAAGCUCAUAUCUGAGUUGAUAUCUGAUACACAUCUCAAGCUUUUGAAGGGCUGGGGUGGGCCUGGUGGAGGCAAGGAUGGUGUCAGAGACAUAAUAAAUGCAGUAAUUGAUCUCUUGGCCUUCCCUUUUGUUGCUGUACAGAAUGCUCCUAGUUUGCCAUCUGCUACUGCUUCUGUGAACAGUGGAUUCCUUCUCAACAUGGGUUCACCUGGUGGAAGAAUAUUCAUGGAAGAUAAAGACAUGGUUAAAGCAAUUGAGGAAGACAUGGGAAAGUAUCUUAAAAUCCUUCUGGAGGUGGGAGUGCCAGGCAUCAUCCUCCGAUGCUUGGAACAUAUGGAGCUAAAGGAUUUGGGAAGGCCUGUUGCUUUUCUUGCCAAAAUGGUAGCACACCGACCUCUUGCAGUUCAACUUGUAGGCAAAGGUCUCUUGGAUCCAAAUAGAGUGAGAAGAUUGCUUGACAAUUCAAGUCCAAGAGAGGUCAUGCUAGAUGUUCUAAUGAUCAUUUCUGAUCUAGCUCGUAUGGACAAGGGUUUUUAUGACCACAUUAAUGGGGCCUCUAUGUUGGACUUCUUGAAGGAGUUUCUUGCGCAUGAAGAUCCCAAUAUACGUGCAAAGGCAUGCAGUGCUCUCGGCAAUAUGUGUCGGCAUAGCUCCUACUUCUAUGGUUCACUAGUAAGACAUCAUAUAAUUGGUCUUCUCAUUGAUCGAUGCGCUGAUCCAGAUAAACGCACACGGAAAUUUGCAUGUUUCGCUAUUGGAAAUGCUGCGUAUCAUAAUGACAUGUUGUAUGAGGAGCUCAGAAGAUCUAUACCUCAAUUAGCAAAUUUGUUACUCUCAACUGAAGAAGACAAAACUAAAGCAAAUGCUGCUGGAGCAUUAAGUAAUCUUGUCCGCAAUUCCAACAAACUUUGUGAAGAUAUCGUCUCUAAAGGAGCCAUGCAGGCUUUGUUGAAGGUGGUAUCUGAUUGUUCAGCUCUAGCCCUCAAUCCAAGCAGGAGAGAUGCGGUAAAUGAAUCACCAUUAAGGAUAGCUCUUUUUUCAUUGGCAAAGAUGUGUGCACAUGCCCCUUGCAGACAGUUUCUCCGUUCAUCAGAGUUGUUUCCGGUGAUCGGAAGGCUUCGACAGUCUCCAGAAUCUACAAUUGCCAAUCACGCCUCGUUUAUAAUUAGCAAAGUUGCCGAGGCUUGAAGAAGCAAAGCUAGAGGUAGUCAAAAGGGCCUUGAGCGGUGGGUUUUGCUGAAGUAACACGUCGUCAACAGAUGAUCAUAGCGAAUCUUUACACUUGGUUUGCCAUUCCGAGAAUCGACGGGUUCGGAUCGGUCAACCAAUCUCCGAGCGAUCCAGAACUUGACACGCGGCCCGACUCAAAGAAUGUAGUAGUUUACAAUUUUUUGACGUAAAAUUACUUUUACCUGUUGGCUCGUUACCCAACGCAGUCCUGAUCUCGUCUCAACCAAAACUAGCCAGUAGCUUAUAGAGCAUGACCCUAUAAACUAUAAUAAUUUGUACUUGUGUCAGAAAUGGGAUUUUCAUAUUACAGUGUAACACAGUAUACAGUAAAAAUACACAUGAUGGAAUAGUUAAAUUCUCAGAAUUUUUAAAA